GACAAAAGUAACCUUGUUGGCGAAAUGAUUUUUACUUUAUUGAUUGAUGACAUUGAUGUGUGAUAUACUUACAUAUUCCAUCGGAUAUUAAUUAUUUUCAAUUAUAACCAUGUCAUCAACAAAGAUAAUGUCAGCAAUUUUAACAAAUACUGGGCAUGUUUUGACGAAAAAAGGAAAUAUCAUUCACAUUAGCAUUGCUAGAAUGAUCAAUAGUAAAACCUUAAUUAAUCAAAAGUCAAUCGAUGAACCGGUAAAUAUUGGAGUGCCCCAACCUGAGCCGGAUAAAAUUCAAGCAGCAGUGUUGAAAGAAUUUUCAAAACCUCUGCUAAUUGAAAAUGUUGAACCUCCACAAAUUCAACAUAAGAAUAAUGAGGUUCUCAUCGAUGUACAUUAUUGCGCUUUAAAUGGGCCAGAUAUUUUGCAAAUGAGGAAUGCAUACACAUCUACUACAACGUUACCAAAAAUUUUAGGGUAUGAAGUAGGUGGAAAAAUAUUACAAAUCAGUGAAGGAGCCAAAGCCAAAGCCAAAGCGGAUGGCUUGAAAAUAGGAGAUUAUGUGGUUGCUCUCAAUAAACUCCAUUCUCGAGGUCUAGCUCAACAAUGUAUAGCAGAUAUAACAGAUAUUUGGAAGGUACCGUCAUCGUCAAAACUUGUCGAUUCAGUUUGUAUCUUGGAGAAUUACAUGACAGCAUUAAUUGGUCUUGAGAAAAAAGCUCAUUUGGAAGAAAAUGAAAUGGUAUUAGUCAAUGUAGGCCUCGGAGGAGUUGCAUUGGCUGCUGUUGAUAUUGCAGCUAAUGUUUUUAGAGCUCAAGUAAUCGGUGUUAGCGCGACAGAGGAAAAAGCCAUACAUGUCAGGGAAAAAGGUGCCUUUGCCUCUUUGGCCUUUAAUGAUAAGAAAUUGGUCAAGAAAAUUAAAGAGUUUGCCGCUGAAAGGGGUAUUGAAGGUGUAUUUGACGGAACUGAGGGUGAAAAGUUUAAACAAAUUUUGGAUUGUUUUACAAAAGUUUAUGGAGACAAUUUUUCAUCUGACAUACUGCGCGAUGACAAUUUCUCCAUUGUGGUGGAACAUUUAUCCCGACAGGGGCGUUUAAUAAUUGCUGGAUUUGUACCAAGGGAGGAGGACAACAGAAAUGAAAUGAAAAAUUCAUUAAUUCCUAGUGGUAUAAACCUACGUGAAUACAAAAUGGAAAAUUAUGAAUCAUACAGGGAAGUGGGUCAAGAUGUGUUACAGUAUUAUGAGGAGGGCCUGAUAAAGCCAUCUUAUUCCUUUAUCACCGGCUUAUACAAUGUUAAUGAAGCUGUUUCUUGUAUAUCCAAUAUGAAGUGCUUUGGAAAGGUUAUUAUUAAUCUCAAACAGCCGAAUACAAUAAAUGAGAAAUAAAAUAAAAAAUAAAACGUGAGUGUACAGUUGGCUAUUGAUUUCAAUGUUAUUUUUCUAUAGUCAUUUCAUCUUUUUGACAUUUGAAAUUUUUUGAAAAAGCAAUUUUCUCAACACCAACUAUCGAUGGAAUGCUAAACGAAAGGAUCUGAGAAAAAGAAAAUUAUUGGUAAUUGGUUUACGUUGAACAAUAAAGUUGUCGUUCUGUAUGCUGAACUAGUGAUUACCAGUAUUUCGAGAUUGACACGGGGUGAAAGGAAUUCCGUGGAUAAUAUACGCGUAAGAGUUGAAAACGUCAACAACAAUGAAAUUGUAAAUUUAUCAUAAAUUUUUAUAUUUCUUAUCUCCUUUAGAUAAUAUUUCCAAUAAUAAUUACCCGACAAUUUGCUUUUAUUCAUGCUGAUGAAUGGUAAAUGAAAAAAUAGCUGCAAAACGAA